AUGAAGGACAUUCUAAGUCAUAAGAAGGAUUGGAGAGAGACACAAACAGUCCUCCUCACUGAGGAAUGUAGUGCAAUCAUUCAGAACAGCUUACUAGAGAAGCUUAAAGAUCUUGGAAGCUUUAUGAUACCAUGCACUCUAGGUGAUGCUUGUACAAGGACAGCUCUAUGUGACCUUGGAGCAAGCAUCAACCUAAUAUCAGCUUCACUAAUAAAGAAGCCCUGUUUGACUGAGGAAGUCAAACCAACCCGCAUGUGCCUUCAACUUGCUGAUGGAUCUAUUAAGAUACCAUCAGGAGUAAUAGAGGACAUGAUUUUCAAGGUUGGACCUUUUGCCUUUCCCACUGACUUUAUGGUAUUGGACAUAGAGGGACACAAGAGUGUUGUGCAGCAUCCAGACAUUCCUAAGGAAUGCCUGAGCAUUGACUUCAUUGAUUCCCUGGUGGAAGAAGUCAAUAUGGCUGAAAGCUCCAAGGACAGGCUUGAUGAUAUCCUUAAUGAUACUCAUCCUAAUUCAGAGGAACCUCUAGAAACCUUUGAGGAAAAGGAGAAGCCUCCUACGCUUAAGCUUAAGCUAUUACCCCCUCCUUGA